AUCAACAAUAAGUGCGAGUGAGAAAGGUAGUGGAGAUAGAAAAUAAAUCGAGAGGAAUAAAACACAAAUCCCACUGUGUUAUAUUUCUAUGAUGAUUCUUUCUCGAACUAAAUUCUUGAAAAAAAAAUUCGUUGACUUCGUUUCAAGUCACACCAUUAUAAUAUUUAUAAACAGUGUUUGUUAUGAUUCUUGAGUCCGUGCGGACUGGUGUGCUUUACCAUGGUCAAGUACACUGGUUUUAGUAUAUAUUCAUUUUUUUUCGUGGAAUCGUAUCAUCGAUUGACACAUACUCACACUUGUAAAGCUAUAAGAAAAAUAUACAUAAACAAAGAAGUAAAACACACAUUAAAUUUUACUAACACAUCUAAAACCUAAUGUUUCGCACGUUCGUCGUAUAAUUAGAGACGCUGCAUCUUAAGUGUUAACAUCGUUACGCACGAUAUUAGUGUCUUUUUAGUUUUUCUAAAAGCAUUCAGGUGUUAUCUCUUGCAAUUUCUGAGUGAUAAUUGUGAUCAAACAGUGUAAUUACUUAUUAUUAAUAGUGUAGUUAUUAUUAUUGUUCAUUGGUGAUAAAUAUGGAGGAUACCUUUGUUGCGGAUCAUUUGAAAGAGUGGGGCUUAGAACAACUGACUGAAGAAUUUGAUCAAUAGUAAAAGAGGAGUUUAUUUAUUGGGCGGAUCAGAUUGUUGCUGUAUUUCCUAAUGAAAGACGUGAAACCUAUUACAUCCCAUAUGAGAAAGAUGAAAGCUCAGCAGCUGGCAAACUUUAUGAUAAAUUUACAAAUUUGAAAAAAAAGCUGAAUUCUAUUAAACCAUCAAGUACCAAGUCUACUGAAAAAGUCACAACCACCUUAGAUAGAUCAGAUGUUGACAAAUUAAAUAAUGUGUCUUUGGAGAAUCAUGGAGAAAUUAAAGACUUGUGGAUCAAGACUCAUUUGUUUCGAAAGGUUGAACUGAAAGAAGUAGAGAGUACCAGUAGUUAGAUUAAACUAUAUCCCAUGUUAGCAGAUCCUAUUGGAUCAUCAUUGAUUAAUUUGGAUUUCAUCAAUUUACAUAAUUCUGUGGAUGAAAAUAUUUUUAUGAAGAUUUGGCCUGAAUUUAGUCAUAAAUUGAUACAGAUUGCUAAGAAAAAAUCAGCUUGCAAAAAUAUCUUAAAAAAUCUAGAUUCUGGAAUAUCAAUUGACAUCCGAAGCCUCAUCAUUUUUCCAUAUUUAUUUCGACCAACUCAAGUUAAAUCGGAAUCAGGCAAUAAGUGGACGCCCACGUACAAAGAGCAAGCUGACAGUUUUAUUCUAUUCAUUGAUCACAUGAAUGAUCUUGAACGAAAAUUGGAGGAGCGAGUAAAGUUACUACGGCAACAUCGAAAUUCAUCCCAACCAUUCAUUGUCGCCGUGGGAAACCCAAAAAAAAUAGAAGCUUGCUACGUAAUCAUAGAAACCGUAAAGUAUAAGUUUCAAAAUUUUUUCGCAGCGGUUGACAUAUGUUUUAAAUCAUUUUUUGCGCUCAUUCUAAAAUAUCCAGUAGAAUGUAAUAAAAUUUGGAUUUUCAUCGAACGCAUUAUUUAUAGUCUUAAUAAAAAUUGUAAGAAUCCGCCUGCUAUCAGUUCAUUGCUUUCUGAUUUAGAAUCAGUAAAUACAGAAGCUCCUGAAGAAGAAGAUUCUUCUGAAUGAACUUAGUUCGUUUUAUGUUUAUAUUAAUAAUUUAACCACGUAAUCAAUCGCUAAAUUUUAGUAAACUGAGUUAUACUUUUUUAGUUGUUUUGUUAAAAAAUUGAUUUUUUUUUUCAAGUUAAAAUGAAAAUUAUUUGUGCUAAAUGUGGUAUUAUUCUAGAAAAUAAGCAUUUAGAAGAACAUAUGAAGUUUACUCAUGGUAUUUUAGCUGGUUUUGCAUAUUCUUGUCCUGAUGAUACGUGUGGUAGAAAUUUUAGUACUGCGAAGACAUUAACUAAUCAUGCCCGAAGAUUAAAUCAUAUGUUAUCGAUUGAAAAGAAAUGUGUAGUUCAGAAAAAUUUACCUGUAUUUACAUCUACUUGUACAACACAAUUUAUAGAUAAUAUUGAUUCUAUGUUUUUGCAAAACGGACAUGAUUUAGAUGUAGAAAACUUCCCUGAAAUUUAAAAAAAAAAAAUUGAUUUGCAUAAUGAGCUGUUGAAUAUAAUAUCUGCCUUAUAUGCAGACCCAUUACUAACGCGAGUUCAUAUACAAAGAUUUCUAGAUUAUUUUCAAAAUUUUUUUGAAGACAGCUAUGGAAAAAUUUUAAAAGAGAUUUGUUUAAAAUAUGUUAAAGAUGAACUAGAUAAAAGUGAAAUUGAAAAAGAGUUUCAAGAUUUGAAAUUAAUAUUUGAACCAUUUAAUACAGAACAUAAACGCAUCAAUCAACUUGUAUCUCAUAAAGGUUUAAUAAGCAGAAGAAAAAGUAUUAGGAUAUCGCGAAGUAAAUAAUAGAUCAGGAAUUUUAGAAAAUAUUAAAACUACUUGCCAAUUUGUUCCUUUGCGUGAUACUCUAAAAACAUUUAUUGAAAUUCCUAAUGUAUUUAACAUAAUUAAAAAUUCUAUUAAUUCUAUAAAUAACAGUUCCAUAUCAAACAUAGUUCAAUCACCUUAACGGAAAAAAACAAAUAGAUAGCAUUGAUGGAAUUAUUCUUCCUCUUUUUAUUUAUCAAGAUGACUUUGAGACUGGAAAUGCUCUUGGUUCUCGAGCAGCUAUUCAUAAAUUGUCAGGUAUAUAUGCCAAUAUAGCAUGUUUACCUCCAAAAUACUUUUCUAAAUUAGAUAAUAUUUUUCUGGUACAAUUACAUUAUUCCAGUGAUGCUCAAUACUUAGGCAAUAACUGCGUCUUUAAAUAUGUAAUAGAUGAAUUGAAUUACCUUUCAAAUAAUGGCAUAAUAAUUGUUAAUGAAGGUGAAGAAGUAGUUGUCAAAUUUCAAUUAGCAAUGGUGUUAGGAGACAAUUUAGGUUUAAAUAAUGUUUUAGGGUUUAGCAAAAGUUUCUCGGCUAUAUCGUAUUGUAGAUUCUGUAAAAUGACGAAAAAUAUUUGCCAAAAAUCUGUUGAAGAAAACACCGAGUUAUUAAGGAAUAAAUCAAACUAUGAAAAUGAUUUGUCAAAACAAGAUCCUAAAUCUACAGGUAUCACUGAAAACUCAAUUUUUAAUUCUGUCAAUAAAUUUCAUGUUUGUGAAAACUAUUGUGUCGAUGUAAUGCACGACCUCUUAGAAGGUCUAUGUAAAAAUGAUUUGGUAAAUAUUUUAAGUCAUUUUAUUGAUAAAAAAAUCUUUACAUUAAAAACUUUAAAUUAUAAAAUACAAUGUUAUAAAUACCCUAGAAAUUGCAAUAAACCUUCAAUAAUAACACGUGAAAAUUUAAAAGAUAAAAAGUUGAGGAUGAGUGCAGCUGAAAUGAUGACAUUUACUGUUCAUGCUGGUUUAAUUUUUGGUGACUUGAUACCUGAUGAUAAUGAUGAAUACUGGGAACUUUAUAAAUUACUGCGACAAAUUUUAGUUAUUUGUUUAAAGUCAAAAAUAUCUAACAGUUUUAGUUAUCUUUUAACUACUUUAAUUGAAGAGCAUCAUAGUCUUUAUUUAAAAUUGUUUGGAGAUCUUAUACCAAAAGCUCAUUUUUGUUUACAUUAUCCUCAUAUUAUGAGAUUAGUAGGACCUCCUCGAAAUUUUUGGACAAUGAGAUUCGAAGGAAAGCAUCGUAUUUUUAAACAAGCUGCUAGAACAACAUGUAACCGUCAAAAUUUGUGUUUAACAUUAGCUUCAAGACAUCAGGAGCACUUAAAUUAUGCGUUUGAAAACGGUUCAGCUUUUAAGGAAACUUUUGAUUAUAAAAAUUUAAACCAUACAAAAAUUUCUGAACAGUCUUUAAAAAUAAUUAGUGAAAAAAUUUCAGGAGAGUUUUCUUUGGUAGCUCAUAUUGCACUUGGUAAUGUUAUGUAUAAAAUAAAUACAUUUAUUAUUGUUAGAAUAGAUGAACUGCCAGUUUUUGGGUGCAUAAAAAAUAUUUUAAUGUUAAAUAAUGCAAAGCCAGUAAAAACCAAUGAUUUUGAACUUAUUGUUAAAGUAUAUGAAACUUUAGGAAGAAAUGAGCAUUUACAAACAUAUGUUAUACCCCGGCUUGGUCAAACAACAAUAGAGUUAUUGAAUUUUAACUCAAUUAUUCAUUAUGAUCUGCCUCACGUUCCUUAUGUAAAUGUAACUAGCGAAAUAAAUAUCGUUAAUGAUUAAUAUUUAUAUUAAUAAAUAUAAUAUUAUAUAAAUUAAUUAUAAUUAUAUAAAUAUUAAAUGUAUAUUUGGUUGU